AUGGAAGGAUGCAACAACGCAAAUGUACCAGUGAUAGAAAAUACUAAGAUGUUUAUCCAAGCAGACGACAAGAAGGUUGAUGCUACCUUGUUUAAACAGAUUGUAGGAUCACUCAGAUAUGUAUGCAAUAGUAGACCAGAUAUCAGUUAUGGUGUUGGGCUGGUAAGUAGAUUCAUGAGCGAUCCCAGACAAUCUCAUAUUUCCACUGCCAAACAUAUACUGCGUUAUCUAAAAGGAACAAUUGAGUUUGGUCUCUACUUUCCCAAGAAGACUGACGGUAUAAAUGGGGUGUUAAAAGCUUGGAGUGAUUCGGAUUGGUGUGGAGAUCAGAUGGAUAGAAAGAGCACAUUCGGUUAUGUAUUCAAGUAUAUGGGAGCGUCGAUUUCCUGGUGCUCGAAGAAGCAGAAUGUUGUAGCACUAUCAUCAUGCGAAGCCGAAUAUAUUGCUUUAGCUAAGACCACAUGUUAG